UUGACGUAAAGAUCUCCAUAUGGGCGCUGAGAGCUCCGGACGCGUAACCUGUUAUUUACUAUUUGGCCUUGGUCGACUCUACAGCAGUUUAUCGACCACUACACGUCGUUGGCAGAGGUUUUUGGUUCAGUUUUUGCAAGUUUUGAGAGAAAAAUGGGCGGAGAAGGCAGCAAGAUCAGUCCGAAGGACCUGAAGGACGUCAAGGCUAACACGGAAUUCGACUCAAAAGAGAUCAAGACCUGGUACAAAGACUUCUCGCAGAGUUGCCCCGAAGGAAAGCUCGGGAAAAAGGAGAUGGCGAUGAUGUUCACCAAUCUCUUCCCCGACGGCGACCCGGACACAUUCACAGAAAACGUCUUCCGAACGUACGAUACGAACGGGGACGGCAGUGUGGAUUUCAGGGAGUUCAUGAUCGGUAUCUCCGUGACGUCACGGGGAUCGUUUGACGAAAAACUCAAGUGGGCCUUCGAGUUGUAUGACCAGGAUAAUAAUGGUUCUAUCUCAAAGGAGGAAGCCAUCGAUAUCAUCACGGCAGUCCAAAAGAUGCAUGGGACGGCCGAGCAAUCGCCGGGGGAGCUUGUCGACAAGAUGUUUGAGAGCUUCGACCUGAAUAAGGACGGCAAACUAUCCAAAGAAGAGUUCAUUGAGGGAAGUCGCAAAGAUCCGUCUUUCACAAAAAUGCUGGAGUGGUAAUAGACCGAAUGAAAACAGGACUAUCGAAAAUACUGACUUUUUUUUGUGUACUUGUACAUGACUUGUUGUUUCAAAUGCUUAUUUGAAAAGUCCGAUAUUUACAGAGGAUGAACUUUUCCAACAAUGACCUCUCGUUUUUAUUGACUUUUUCUCUCUGCAAAACGCGAAAGUCUUCAUCUCGGAGGUCUAUGUUCGCUCCUUGAAUUCUAAUCACCACAUAGGCAAAAGGUUAGGUCCAUAUUUUUCACAAUAAUUUUGCAGUUUAUGCAAGCCGCCAGGCUCGAAGUCUCCUAGGACUGAUGGCGUCAUUUCCUAGUGCCGAUUCGAAUGGGCCUAAGACACGGUUUUUUGUCUUUAAACAAAGCCCAAUCGCACCUCGGCCUAAAUUACCAUUGUUCUACUGUCUUAUCAAAGGAUUGUCAGGGCAAAUCUUGAUAACAUCGAUCCCCGCGAAACCGCCACCAUGGGGGCCGAUCAGCCAAAACUGGCAAGGGCAAUUAGACGUUUAUUGAAACAUAAAAGAAACAAAUUCUUCUUCGCACGAAAGUCACCAACACGAUGUUAAUAUAAAGCAUCAUUUCUGUGCCUCAUUUGUCCUACCCCAAUGUCGGAGGAGUUUGUAUUGAGGGGAAAGAAAUAAAUGUCUUCCACAAGAACGAUCUAUCAACCGGACAUGUACUACAUGUAUGACGUCAUCAUUCCCGAGUGAGAGUCGUGAAUUACAAUUACGGCGAUUUUCACAGUGUAACUUGUAAUGAUAAUUCUUAUCAUUAUCAUUACCAUCAUCAUUUGUAAAUCAACUUGAAAAUUGUUAAAACGGUCAGUUCACCUUCAAUGACCUUGAAAUAUUCGAAUAUAAAAAGCAGAU